CUGGCAUCCCCUGCACCAACAUGGAUCAAGCAUUCAGGCUCAGUAGCUCCCGACACUGAGAUUGCAACUCCUCACCAUACGAGAUAAAUGCUUGCGCAAUACAACGGAUCAAACCUCCGACAUAUCACAGCGCAAUUACGUGCUACUUUUGUGCGUAACUCGACAUCCUGGGCUUAUUAUCUACUUAACUCUCGCAAUCGCAAUCACAUUCAGAUCGCAUUAUCUUGUGGGGCCCAAAUCAACCAACCCAGGCCAUGUUCGAGGUCCCCAACGCCAAGAGGGUGAGGCGCGAUCAACUCUACGGCUCAUCUUCGGAUGGUGGUGACCAAGAUGAGCAAGGCGUGGAGGAUGCAGAGGAGCGCGCAAAGUUGAACGCGCGACUCUCAAGCCUGCUGGGCCUGGACCUUUCUGCGCCGGCACCAUCGCUGGCACCCGGGCAGGGUCCGGACGCGGCCGACGCCCACGGGCACGGGCACGGGGGCACGGAGGACCAAGAGGAGCGCCACGAUGAGGAGUUUGAGUUCCGGCUGUUCUCUGGCCCGACCGGGACCUCGGCGCCGGCAAAGGUGGUGCUUGAUGCAUCUGAUGACGAGGACGCGCCCAAGGGGGGCGGCGGGUUCGUGCGCCCCGAGCGACCGCAGAGCUAUUAUCUGGCCGGUGAGGCGACGCCCGACCAGCGGGAGAGGUAUUGCUAUGCUGCUGUUACGGCCGAGGACAUCAUUGCUGGCGCGAGCAAACGGGCGUGGGGGCUGGAGAGACCAUGGCGCGUCGUCAAGAUCUCGCUUUCUUCGAGGAAAGCACGGAGCAACACAGCUGGGUCAGAUGCCGGGGCCACAGCAACUAGCGAAGACAACACAGAGGAUGGAGCCAAGCGCAAGAGGCCGGGCAAGAAACGCAGGAUAGCUGUGAGGAUCAAGGCCCGCGCUGAGAAGGAGAAGCGGGAGGCCGAGAAGGCGAGACGGGAGGCAGCGGAGAAGCAGAGAAUCUCGAAAGAGGAGCACCUCCUGGAGAAGAAGAAACGGCUUAACCGGGAGAAGAAGCUGAAGCGGAGGGCCAAGGAAAAGGAGAAGAAGCUGGCUGCGGGAGAGACGCUGCCGCCGUCCGAAGCACCGACUUCUCCCCGCUCUGAGUAGACGGCAUCGCCCAUACACUGUUGAACAUGAUGCAGAGGCAUCCAAAUCUUGCCUCUGCGCUGGAUUGGCCUCCAUCAUGGCUACCACGGCC